AUGGCCUCCGCCCUCUCCGCGCGCAGCUACUCCGUGCGCAAGCCCUCCUUCUCCAGCAUGUCCGUCAGGGAGAACGUUCGCAGCCUCCUCUCCAAGCCCCCCGUCACCGUUGCCCCGUCCCGCUCCGUCUCACUGGGCAACGGCUUCAACAUGCCGGGCGCCAGCCUCUGCGCAAACGAUAAGGAGGACAUGCAGGGCCUGAACGACCGGCUGGCCGACUACCUGGACAAGGUGCGCUCGCUGGAGAGGUCCAACGCCGAACUGGAGGUGAAGAUCAAGCAGAUCAUGCUCGAGAAGGUUCCGCGGGGGCACGACAUCGAGGGGAAGAUGGCCCAGGCACAUGCCAUCGGGCAGGAGGUGAGAAAGAAGACGCUGGAGAACGCCCGCGUCAUGCUGGAGAUUGAAAACGGCAAGCUGGCGGCCAAUGACUUCAUGGUCAAAUGGGAGGCAGAGGCCACCUUGUGCCAGUCGGUGGAGAGGGACUGUCAGGCUCUGAAGAAGGCAAAGUCUGACCACGACCAAACCACCGCCGCGAUGCGAUCAGAACUGGACAGCCUGAAGGAGGAGCUCUACUUCCUGAAGCAGAAUCACGAGGAGGAGAUGAGUUUAAUGACGACUCGCCUGGGCAACGAGCAAGUGAGCGUCGAGGUGGACGCGGCUCAGGGUCCGGAUCUGGGCGCCAUCAUCGCUGAGCUCAGGGUCCAGUACGAGGGCAUCGCUCGCAAGAACAAGGAGGACUCCGAGGCCUGGUACCUCAACAAGGUGGAAGCAGUGCAGUCGGAGGUCAAAGAAAACAACGAGGCUUUGCGUUCUGCCCAAAGUGAGAUCAUUGAGAGACGGCGUUUCCUGCAGGGUCUGGAGGUCGAACUCGACAAUCUCCGGAAGCAGGUCGGUAUGUUGGAGGGGAACCUGGGAGAAACGGGGCACAAGUACUCUGCGGAGAUGGAGCGUCUUCAGGCCAAGCUGACCCACCUGGAGGACGAGCUGUCUCAGCUCCGCUCCGACAUGCGGCGCAACAAGACCGACUACGAGCAGCUGCUGCGCAUCAAACAGAACCUGGAGAUGGAGAUCGCCACCUACAGGAGGCUGCUGGAGGGAGAGGAAAUGGUGAAAGAACCUCCUAAAAAUAUACCCAAUGUAAGGACAAGGAAGAUAGUCAAAGUCAUCACCCAGACCGUGAUCGACGGCAAGGUGGUGGAUGAGUGCAACGAGGCGGAUCAGAUCGAGGAGUGCAAAAAAGUCGAUGCCUCUUAAAAACCCGAAAAGCCUGCCGACGGAUGUUCAAGUCUCAACACGACCUCCUUCGAUCCGACACAAAAUAAAUAAUAACAAUAUUUAACUUAAGGUCCGCUUACUACUUCACAAGGUUCACAAGUUAAAAGUGUAAAAAAGUAUUUAUGCUCAGCUUACCGGUUGCAGCUUCAUAUUUAGUGCACAGACAUGAUUAUUUCCAUCAAGUUCUCGCCAUUUUCCUAAAUGUCUAACUU